AUGACGGCAAACACGACAAUCCCUGUGCCCAGAGUCCAUGAUGUCCGUCGAGAAGAUAGAAGAGUCCUAAUCGGCCCGCCCAACUUCUCACUGCCUGGAUUUCCCAGUCGAGUGCCCUACGAACAUCAUCCGCCAAAAGACCGUCGAUACGCCGACAUCAAGAUGGUCAACCUUCGCACCCAGAAGCGCCUCGCCGCCUCCGUGGUCGGCUGCGGCAAGCGCAAGAUCUGGCUCGACCCCAAUGAGAUGAACGAGAUCUCCAACGCCAACUCCCGUCAGACCAUCCGCAAGCUCGUCAGCGAUGGCCUCAUCAUCCGCAAGCCCGUCACCAUGCACUCGCGCUCCCGCGCCCGUGAGCUCAACGAGGCCCGCCGCAUCGGUCGUCACCGCGGUCUGGGUAAGCGCAAGGGUACCAAGGACGCCCGUAUGCCCAGCCAGGUCCUCUGGAUGCGCCGCAUGCGUGUUCUCCGUCGUCUCCUCGUCCGCUACCGUGCCGCUGGCAAGAUCGACAAGCACCUCUACCACGAGCUGUACCACCUGAGCAAGGGUAACACCUUCAAGCACAAGCGCGCUCUUGUUGAGCACAUCCAGAAGGCCAAGGCUGAGCGCCAACGCGAGCGUAUCCUCAAGGAGGAGAUGGACGCCAAGCGUGCCAAGAACAAGGCUCUCCGCGAGCGUCGGGCAGAGCGCACCGAGGCCAAGCGCACCGCCCUCGAGGCCCAGGAGUAA